AUGGCUAAUGAGGAAGAGAGCUUUCUUGCUCUGGUGCAUUGCUCUGGAAAAAUAAAAAAAAGCAAAAGCCAUGGUGUGAAGUUCACCGACAGAGAACCACUAAGUAUGUUUAUCAGUUCGUCUAUGAGUUUGUCGGACUUGAAGACCAGCAUCUUGGAGAAGCUUGGCGUGUUGGGUUCCAAGUGGGUGAAGAAACUAUUCUACAAGAUUCCAAUGGCGGUUGUCUCGACCGGUGUUCAGUACGAAACCUUUGCGGUUAAGUCUGAUGAAGAUAUUAGGGUUCUGUUCUACUGUGUAAGGAGUUUUCCGGAGAUCAGAAUCCAUGAGUUGUUUGCGAAGUUGGAGGUUGGUGUCGAUAGUUCUGGGGCAUCCGCUCCAGUUCCUUGCGUAGCUUCCGCUGGUGGUGCAUCUAGUUCGAUGCCUCCGGUCAGACCGCAUCUUCCGCCGGUUCAAUCACCUUCUUUUGCGGCUGACUUACAACAAACGGAGGUUGUUGGUUCUGUCCCUUUCGAGCCUGCAGCAGUCAUUGAGCCGCCCAACGUCGUGGGCACCGGUGGUGGCCUCGUGCCUUAUCUCGAAGACUUUGGUGGACCUGAUCAUAUAGAGAAUGCAAUGCGUGACGAUGAAUCUGAAGAGGAGCCUGUUGAUAUCGAUGGUGACAGCGACGAAAACAGAGGCGGCGAUCCAGAUGCGCAACAUCGGCCUUCAAGUUCUGCUUCUCAUCAAUACCCUCCACACUUCUCGACACUAAACUUGGAAGCUCUUGAAUUUGAGAUUGGGCAAUCUUUUCAGAGUAAAGAUGAAGCUGUGCUCAGUGUGAAGGACUAUAGCAUCCGGCGAGGUGUUGAGUACAGAGUCAUCGAAUCGGAUCAUUUGAAGUAUCAUGGAAAAUGCAAGCAAUUCGGCAAGGGUUGCACUUGGUUGAUUCGUGUAGCGCUUCGUGCACGAAAGGGAACUUGGGAGGUUAGGAGGUACAACGGGCCACACACGUGCCUCGCAACUUCUAUAUCAAGUGAUCACCGUCAGCUGGAUUAUAACGUUAUAUGUGCGAGGAUUCUUCCUAUGGUUAGGGCGGAUGCUGCGGUUACGGUAAAGGUACUUCAAGAAGCGACAGAAGCUGAUUACGGUUUCAGGCCUAGUUACAGGAAGGUCUGGUUGGCUAAGCAGAAGGCUGUGGCAGAAAUAUAUGGAGAUUGGAAAGAGUCUUACGCGGAACUGCCCCGUUGGAUGCUAGGGAUCCAGGCAACAAUGCCGGGAACAAUCACGGUGCUGAAGACGUCUCCGGUUCAGAUUGGUGGUGCUGUUGAUGAGUCGAGGGUGUACUUUCACCGACUUUUCUGGACAUUUCCACCCUGUAUCGAGGCUUUCCGGCAUUGCAAGCCACUCGUCAGUAUUGAUGGUACCCACUUGUAUGGGAAGUAUGGAGGGACGCUCCUGUUGGCUAUAGCUCAGGACGGAAACUCGAACAUCCUCCCGGUAGCAUUCGCCCUUGUAGAGGGGGAAAAUGCAGAGUCGUGGUCAUUCUUCUUGUCAAACCUACGAGAGCAUGUGACUCCUCAGGAGGGUAUCCUAGUUAUCUCAGACAGGCAUAAUGGGAUCAAGGCGGCCCUUGAGGCACCUGAGAAUGGAUGGCUGCCUCCUCGUGCAUUCCGGGCCUACUGUAUAAGGCAUGUGGCCGCCAAUUUCGCCCUAACGUUCAAAGGUAAGGACUCAAGGAGGUUACUGGUCAAUGCUGCCUACGCCAAGACUGAGGGUGAGUUUUACUACUGGUUCGACAUCAUGCGGACUGAGAAUCCAGCAAUGUGUGACUGGGCCAACCGUAUGGAGUAUGACAAAUGGACCCAACAUGAGGAUGCUGGUCGACGGUUCGGGCACAUGACCACAAACAUCAGUGAAUGUGUGAACUCCGUGCUAAAGGGAACUCGCAACCUCCCUGUCACAUCAUUGGUUAAGUCAACCUACGGGAGGCUUGCUCAGCUAUUUGUAGUCCGGGGACAGACAGCAGAGGCACAACUCGGAGCCGGCCAUGAAUUCUGUCAGGCAUUGGUCAAGGCUAUUGAUCGGAACCUUAGAGACUCCAGGUGCUUUACUGUGACAUUAUACGACAGGCACCAACUAGAGUACACCGUGGCUGAGACAACACCAACGGGGACGUUCUCUCUUGGUAGCUACAGAGUUUUCCUUAAAGAUCACCGAUGCGAUUGUGGGCACUUCCAGGCGCUGCAUUAUCCAUGUUGCCACGCCAUUGCCUGUUGCGCCUACUCCCGGCUAAACUGGGCGUCAUAUGUUCAUGAGGUGUAUCGUAUGACUGAGGUGUUCAACGUUUACAAUCAUGGGUUUCUCCCACCUAUUCCUGAAGGCCUGUGGCCUCCAUAUGGUGGCCCAACUAUUAUUCCUGACCCUAAUCUGCGGCGGGCAAAGGAAGGUCGUCCAAAGUCAACCAGGAUCCGAGGAAGCAUGGAUCAGUCUCAACAGAAUCAGCCGAAGCGUUGUGGGUUAUGCCGUCAACCUGGGCAUACGCGAAGGAACUGUCAGCAGCGAUCACAAAGUGGUGGAGGGGAUGCUUAG